AUAUUGUGACGUAAACAAUUAAUCGCGAUUUGUUUGUUUUCGUUAUUGUUAAAAGUCUUUUUGCUUCUCUAAACAAUGGUGAAGACAAUUAACGUUGAUUCUAGUUUGUCCAAAUACUUCAACACAAUCGUGGAAACUGGGAAACCGACAUGCGGUAUUAUAAUUGGGAAAACCUCAAAAACCAAAGAUUACGUUGUCAAUUUGAUCAAAUGUCCAACCAAAGAUGCUGCAUUUAAAUUAGAUGAUCAAUGGGUUGCCAGCCACGCCGUCAAUGUUUCCCACAUGUUGCCUGGAGGGGUGACUGUUAUUGGCGUGUUUGUUGUUGCUGAUACUAAAACAGUGGAAGCUACAGCAUUAAGAAAAGUCGUUUACUCGGUUUAUCGAAGAUUAUCCCAAAUCAAGUCAAGUUAUGGUUUGAAACUAACAUCAGAAGAAAGUUUAUCGUAUACAGCCCUGCAUGUUGAUGUUUCUAGUGGGAGAACUUUGUCUUGUAAACAAUAUGAUGUGUUGGACAAUGGGAGCGGUACGAAACCUGCUGAUUGGAAAUACGUAAACUCUCCCACCAGGUGGAGCACUUUGAAAACCGAAGUUUGUUUUGACAAAUUAUUUUACGUUGAUUCUUUAACUGAAGUGAUGAAAGAAUUGAAGACUUCAUUAUCCGAAUUCAGUUGCGAUGUCACAAAUGGAAUUGUUUGUAUUGAUGAUGUCAUAAGAAACAAUGAAGAUGUUCUAGAUCCUGAACCUUCCUCAGGGAAAGGAAAGAAAAGUAAAAACACAAAUCCUUCAAAAUGGGGAAAAACUUUUCACUGCAAACUGUAUCUGCCACUUAAGGGCGAUGAAGAUAUAAACGAAGUUGAAGCUUCAUCUCAUAAAUGUUCGGUCCAUCUUCAUGGGACGAUCACUGGGUUGGCGUAUACGACGUCCAAGACGACAGUGGAAGAAGCUGUUCAUCAAUUAAAAUGCGACAUCAUUCAGAAUUUGUUCCAUCGUUAUAAUUUAUUGAAGCAAAACUUGGAAGAUCACAAAACUAAACUUUGCCCAACUAUGGACAUUGCAUUGCCAAAGCGAUUACUUUUCACUGAAGGAGAAUCAGAGAAUUUUUUGUUUUCUGAGUUUUUGUUCCGAAAUGAACCGAUUGCUGAAGGGGUGGAUAGAAUAAGGGAAACAUUUAGCCCUGAUGUAAAAGAAGAUCUCAUUCACUCUGAAGCUGAGAAGUUUCCAGAAAACUUGAUUCAAAGUAUACAAGCUGAGCCAGAGAUUGAAGAAACACCAGAAGACCUAACCGAAGCAUUUGAUCAACUAGAACCGACCAGAACAACAGACCUUCCAACCCAAGAGACAACCCAACCAACAUAUACAACAGAUGAUACAACCACCACCAAUGAAGAGGAGAACGUUGAAAAAUCUUCGUCCCAAACUGGAUCUCAAAGUCCUAAAGAUGAAGCUGAAGUGUCCCUAUUACAAAGCACUAAAGAUAUAGUAUUUACUCAACUAUAGGCACCAAUCGUUGUGAGAAAUGGCGUGGCAUAUUAUCCACAGUUUGCUUGAACAAGUUCGACUUCAUUCUACUUUCCCAGGGAAGCUAUGGAUUAUAAUGAUGUUCAUAUUCCGUAUCGUGGUUGUGGCAAGGAUAGGAGAUAUGGUCUAUCACGAUGAACAGUCCCACUUCGUUUGCAACACGUUAUCACCCGGUUGUUCGAACGUUUGUUUCAACGCAUUUAGCCCGAUAUCUCAACUACGUUUCUGGUCAUUGAUGGUUUUGGUCGUAUCUUCACCAGGGGUUUUAUUCUGCAUCUACGCAAGCCACAAGAUAUACCACGCUUAUGUUAAGUUCCCCCUCGCCGAGGAAGAAGGAGCGCCCAAGAGUCGCACUUGGGACACGGCUUCGGAAAUUGACCGCGGGUCUGAAUACGGUCGUCCAAUCGCGAACGGAAAAAGGAGGAAAGGCGAUUCUCCCCCUGCGUUCACCGCCCACCCCACCGCCCCACCUCUUUACGUUGUUAAGCGCCUAAACUCGAAAAAUAAUGAAAAACUUGACAAGAACGGAAAACCCGAAAUUUCUCGCCGCGUCAAGAGCGGGAACUAUGACGCACCCGUUCGAAAACGUCACCGUCGUCAUGGCAACGACGAAGAGAAAGAUUUGAUGGAGAAACGAAAGGGAUCAACGACUGACAACAACUAUACGUCUAAUGAU